CAGUCGAUAUUCCAACUGAGGGUGACAAGUCUUAGUAAACUCCAAUUUAACGUCGGAAAACAAACCAACAACACCAUGAAGCUAGUCAUUGCGGUUGUCGUAGCAAUAUUUUCUGUUACCGUGGUAACGGCUGCUCCCAAAGUAUCCCAGGAAAAACGAUCGUCAGCGUUUUCUGCGGCAAAAGAUGAAAGUAAAAAGUCAGCUCCAGUUAUUCCACGGCCUGAUCGAUGUGACCUCGAAAACAUCGGAGAAUGUAAAGAAGUGUGCGGUGAAAUGGAGAUUCCUUCGGAGCCCGACGGUAACGGGGCUAAAUGUGAGAAACCAAAUGAAUAUUGCUGUGAAACCGCUGGCGGUGGAAGCGGUGACCCUCACAUCGUGACUUUGGAUGGCAGAAAAUAUUCGUUCCAGGGCGUGUGCACUUACAUCUUGGUCAAAGAUUGUUAUGAUAACAACUGGGAAAUAACGCUGACAAACAUACCCGGUACACUUCAUGGCAAAGCUGUGGGCCGAGUUGGCAGCAUAACUGCACGUGUGGGAGCCUAUGUCGUAUCACUUGGUCGUGAUAAACAAAUUACGGUCAACGGGCAGUCAUUUUCAUCGGUAGAAGAAAUUGAUUUCGGUACUGAUAAACUCUCUUUAAUAGACAGGGAUGGCGUGGCAGUUUUCAGUUACCACGAGACAUUUUCUAUGUCCUAUACUGAUAAGGGAUAUGUUGCAGAUGUUAAGAUCUCACCAGGCCUGGAGGGGAAAUGUUGCGGUCUUCUAGGAAACAACGACGGUGACCCGAAAAAUGAUUUCAUGUUACCUAACGGCGAAACAACAGAUGACACAGACGUGUUUGUUGACAGUUGGUUGGUCAGAUGUGAUGCGUGAUUCCGCACAAUCGACGACUACCGAUACUACCUACUUAAAUUUGUAUAUUGAGAUAUUUCUAUAUUACUUAUAACCUUAUAUUAUGUGACAAAUGUAUUUAUUCGGCGUUAAUUGAUUAAAAGAUAGUGCAGAUACAGCAAA